AUGUACUCGGUCGCGCUCUUCAAGACCUCGGUGUCGUAUGAGAACGUGAAGGCAAGCGGGGAGAUGCUGCUGCAGCUGCUGAGCAAGGAGCAGGUUCAGGCUGCGAGGUCGAACCUCGUUGAGACCCUCGGGAGGAAAUCAGCUCGUGACGUCGACAAGCUUGAGGAGGCGAUGAAGCUCGGGUACCAGGUCGGAUACCACGAUGACAUCCCCUUCAUCGAAGAAUCGCUCUUCGUGUGCAAGCUCCAGGUGUCCUCCUGCCCCCCAAAAAAGCCCCCAAAGGGAGAUAAGCUUGGAAUAAAUGUUCUUGCAAGGAGAAUACGGAGGCCCAUGUGUUUUAUCUGGUUGAUGCAAUGA